GGAUCGCGUCCAUGGAUGUCUUCAAACCCGCUUUGGACAAUAGUUUGAGUCCCAAGGCGUGCGUGUCCUCAUCGGAAGAAGCAGAGGCAGAUGUUUUUCGCUGGCCGACACCGGAGAAUGGCAUCAGCGCCGCUCCGGAUGCGGGACUCGCCGCUCCGGGCUUCUGGACGGCUGUAUUCGACUAUGAAGCGACUGCGGAUGACGAGCUCAGCCUGCGGAGGGGGGACCUGGUGGAGGUCCUGUCCAAAGACUCCCUGGUGUCGGGAGAUGAGGGCUGGUGGACCGGUAUGAUAGCAGACCGGGUUGGCAUUUUCCCGUCUAAUUAUGUGAGCAAAGGGAAUGGCAUUCCGGAGGAAAUACGGGACGCCCCGGAGCAGCAGUACUCAGUGCCUCCUCUGCACCUUCUGGAGAUCGAUUUCUCUGAGCUGACCCUGGAGGAAAUCAUCGGGGUGGGCGGUUUUGGAAAAGUCUACCGUGCAGUGUGGCGGGGCUUCGAGGUGGCAGUGAAGGCAGCACGACGGGACCCUGAUGAGGACGCGGAGCAGACUCUGGAGAGCGUGCGUCAGGAGGCCAAACUUUUCGCCAUGCUCAGUCAUCCCAACAUCAUGGCUCUGCUGGGGGUGUGUCUGCAGGAGCCCAACCUGUGUCUCGUCAUGGAGUACGCCCGGGGAGGCCCCCUCAACCGGGCCCUCGCAGGGAAACGCAUCCCGCCUUGCACGCUGGUGGACUGGGCCGUGCAGAUCGCCCGCGGCAUGUUCUACCUCCACAGCCAGGCCAUCGUCCCCAUUAUUCACCGGGACCUCAAGUCCAGCAACAUCCUCAUCCUUGAGAGAGUUGAGAUGGAAGACCUCAGCAACAAGACUCUGAAGAUCACAGACUUUGGACUGGCUCGAGAGUGGCACCGCACCACCAAGAUGAGCGCCGCCGGCACCUACGCCUGGAUGGCUCCUGAAGUCAUCCGCUCAUCUAUGUUCUCCAAGGGUAGCGACAUUUGGAGUUAUGGCGUGUUGUUGUGGGAGCUGCUGACUGGCGAAGUUCCAUUUCGGGGUAUCGAUGGCCUCGCAGUGGCUUAUGGGGUGGCAAUGAACAAACUGGCUUUGCCCAUUCCCUCGACUUGUCCUGAGCCCUUUGCACGCCUUAUGGAAGACUGUUGGAGCCCAGACCCUCACUCUCGACCACAGUUCACAGCUAUUCUGGACCAGCUGACGGCCAUCGAGGAGUCAGGCUUUUUUGAGAUGCCGGUCGAGUCUUUCCACUCUCUGCAGGAUGACUGGAAACUGGAGAUCCAGGAAAUGUUUGAUCAGCUGAGGACCAAGGAGAAGGAGCUGCGAUCGUGGGAGGAGGAGCUGACCCAAGCGGCUCUGCAGCAGAAGUGCCAAGAGGAGGCGUUGAGGAGGCGCGAACAGGAACUAGCCGAGCGGGAGAUCCACAUCCUGGAGCGAGAACUCAACAUCAUCAUUCACCAGCUCUACCGGGAAAAGCCUCGUGUUGAGAGCAGGCAGGGCAAGUUCCGCCGCAAUCGCCUUAAACUUAAGGAUGGCAACAGGAUCAGCCUGCCUUCAGAUUUUCAGCACAAAAUCACAGUGCAGGCGUCUCCCUCACAUGAUCGGCGUAGGAGUUUGCUCAGCAGCGGUUCCAGUCCUCAGACCAGUCCGCCGAUGCUGCCCCGCCUGAGAGCCAUCCAACUCACUCCAGGGGAGGGAUGUACAGCCUGGGGUCGCAACACAGGUUUCCAGCAGGAUGAAGAGGAGGAUGAGAGGAAGGGGUCCAGGAAAAAGGGUAGAUCCCGCGGGUGUGGCCCAUACAGGGAGCACAGUGCUGACGCCAGUGUGAAGCCUCCCCAUGAAGGCAGCAGGCAGCGGUCCUGCAGCGCCCCAAACCUUCGCAGGUCCCCGAGACACAGUCCAGCAGUGCCAGGAGUGCCAAGUCUUGUGGAGAUGGAAAAUGAAGACUGCUGCUUCACUGCUGAGCCAGGAGCAUCUCCUGGUCAGUCCUACCUCUGCAUCCCCUUCCAUAAGGAUGGCCACACAGCUGCUGCUGACGGAGAUGGAGAUGAGUAUUGCGCCAGCAGCCAGGUUCCAGGGACAUCGCCAUGCAAGAAGAGCCCUAGUGGGGCCCGGAGGUCUGAACUCGUCCUGCUGGGCUGUGGAGCUCUGCUGGCAGCUGUGGGACUGGGCUACAACCUGCUGACUCUGGCCCAGCCGGAGGAGAGCAUCAAAUCGCGAUGGGAGGGUUUCUUCCACAGAACUGGGGGCCAGAGGCGGAGCACCAGCCCCCCAACUCGCAGACUGUUCAGACGGGAAAGCCCGCUGAAACCCUCGGCGCCCUCGCUGCCAGAGCGAGGCUUGCCCUCCUCUUAUACGCUGCUGUCCUUAUCUUCAGUGUCUGACUGCAACUCCACCCGCUCGCUGCUGCGCUCUGACAGCGAGGAGUUGUUGGUCUACCGCCCUGCCUCACCGCCUCGGGACUCACGGCAUCAGGCCAUCCAAACCCCAGUCAACCCACUGGUCAACACCCACCUUGAGAGCUUCAAGCGUAACCCCCGCCAGUCUCUCACACCCACACAUGUACCCUCUGCCCCGAGCUCCUCACGUAGCCUGCGCCGAACACCAUCAGAUGGGGCCAUAAAGAAGGGCUGCCCUCCAAAUAAUCUGGAACCAUUGCCAGAAAAAACAGCGUUAGAGAACGCAGGUGGCUUCAGAGGUUUAAAAGAAGAAGAGGUUCCACGGCUUCCUGAUCCAAACGUUGUUUUCCCUCCAACUCCCCGUCGGCGCUGUGCUCCUGAACGCCCCAAAACCCUUGACUUUGUGGCAAGGCCUCGGCCUUCCCCUCGGGCUCGCUGUGAUGUAUUUUGGGCGGAAGCCAGGCCAAGGGGAAACGGACAAAUGCUGGGUAACGGCGAGUCCCCCGCCCACACAUCCAGCACGGAGACUCCUCCAACUGUAGAAUUUGGCAGAGACCCGGCGGUGCUGCCCACCCCCAUGGAGGCCCCAACACCCUACUCUCCCCGCAAGAAUGAAAACCUGUUGGACCAGCUGGAUGAGGGACAGUAUCGGGAUGGCACCAUCCCGCUCUGCAGACCAGAGAUCAGCUUGCCCAAAGACUCACCUUUCCGCUACAGACCUGGAUUCUGGUCCUAACCCAGCCCCAUGUGCAAACAGCCACGGCCCUUCACCCUUCAACCCAAGGAGGGGAUUGUCUCUGCUGUCAGAUUCUGGAUUGUUACAGGUUGGGGCCAUUUAGUGCUUACAAAAAUAAUCAGUUUUUUGCUUUAAUUAGUAUUUAACGGGGGUGGGUGUUCACCUUUCUCCAUCGACGAUGUUGUUGCAAAAUUAGAGGAAAGGGAUUUACUGUGAAUAUUUUACCUUUCCAACAUUUGUUGUGUCACCCUUUGUGAUGGAAAACCUUCAAUGUAUUAUCUGAAACUGCUAAAAUGAACCAAUGAAAAGUAUUUGAAAGUCUUAUUGGACCCAGGUCUGAUUGCUACUGCGUUAAAGGUAAAGAAUGACCAUUUUUUCCUCUCUUACACAUCCCAUCUGUCAUUCAAGAUGUAAAGGUUUUUUUCUUUUGGAAUAAGCUGAUUAACAGCUCUAUAUCACAAUGGUAUUGAUUAAAGCUUUACGUAAUUUAAUUAAUUUCAAGCUUGAUUUCAAGAUUGUGCAUUGAAUGAAGUGCACUUUUGGAAAGCAUCAUGAAUGUAAAGCUUCAGGUUUUAUUCCGUUGUCAAAAAAAGCUGCCUCUGAUUAUUUGUAAUUUGUCUGUUAAAGCACUGUGUUAUUUUACCUAACCUGUAUAAUUCACUCUCCUGUGUUAGUGGCAGAUGGAUUCCUAUUUUGUACUGAGCACCUGUCAUCACCAAUCACUUGUACAGAGGAACAUCCCAGGGAUGGGGUUGCUGUUGUAUAAUAUGAGCACUUCUUUGAAUUUGUCUUGAAACAGUGUCAGUACAAUAAUGUCUGACACCAUCUCGAGCCCUGUAUGGUGAACUGUAAAGAAGAAUGUCACUACUGCUUGAGUCUGAAUUGGGACUGUAUCAGAAAACUCAUUAAUUCCCUGUCGAGUUCAUUGUUUGUGAACCCUGUCAGAGUAACUUGUUUGUAUCCCAACACACCAGUUAAGAAACAUUUCUUCAAGCUAAAAAGGGAACUUUGUGUUUGUAAUUCUGUAAAAUGUCUGCCUCAUAAAUUGUUGAUCAACAUAGGAUGAGGGAUAUAAUGUAUUUGAUUAUGUAAGUGGCACGCAGGUGAAGCAGGCCCUGGUGGCACGUGAAUGUUUAUUUACUGAUUUCUUAUGUUUGUAAUGAUUUAUUUAAGUUUAUUUAUUGAACAGUUUAUUAUGAUGGUUUAUUUUUAUAUUUCAUUGUAUUUGCCUUCAUUUUUGACACUUGUUAGUGUUGUUCAUGAAUGUUUUUACGAGUUAAAUGUGGCUUCCAACAAAAUGCAGUAGCAUUUGAUGUUCUUCACAUACAUUCAUCUGUUUGAUGCAUCUUAAAUUAUCUUCAGUUGUUUUAUUUGUAACAUCUUUAACACUGUUGUCCUGGGAAAAUGAAUUUCAUGACAAUAAUUUGGAAUUCAGGAGAUUGGGAUGAGCAUUUUUUUUUUAUUUUAUAGAAAAUAACCCACUUAAGAAAAUAAUAAACAGAUUAUUGAAAAUAGUUGCAGUCCAAAAUCAAGCAAUCAAAAAAUUAUUUAACUGAGCUAAACUCAUACAAACCAGGUUGUGCACAUUGGUUAGUUUUUGCUUCCACGCUUUACUUGUGUUUGUCUGGCCUGGGCUGGAGUUGAGUAUUAUUUAUUUUUUUUAUUUAUUAUUUUUACUGUUUACUGUCUGAUAAAUCCUGUGAUAAAUCCUACACACCAACUGUCAAACUAGCAGGCAAAAAAACAGCUGAUUAAAACUGAAUUAUUUUCUUUGGGGGGGGGGGCACAUUCUGGGUCUAGUCUUAAUGCCUGUUUCUCUGAUUUCAUUUUCAAAUGACAAGAGACCAGUGACCUGGAGAACUGCAUCCUCUGAGGUUCAGUCUGUCUUUAUCCCAAAUGUGACCCAAUGUAUAUGUUUAUAUGAAUGCUUUUUUUCUGUGCAGAAUGUGAUCUUGCUCAAUGUACAAACUCACUAUUUCAACUAAGGGUGCUAGUUGAAACAGGGCUGCCCCUCCUGAGGUGUAGCCAACCUAUCAUCAUAUGUCUGAAAUGUUACCACGAAUAAGCUGAACUUUCUGAUGAACAUUGUUAAGGUUGGGAAUGAAACGGUUACUGACUGACUUGUAUUUGCACU